AAACCAAAGAGCGCAAGCUUUCAAGUUUGAAGCGUUACCUGAGGUCAGAAUGUUUUGAUACUUUUGUGGACAUAUAGCAUGUUUAGAAGUUUGUGUGAUGAUCUUGUCUCGAUUAUUGUGGACAUUUAUGAACACAACAGCUUUUAUGAUCGUCAUGUGAAAGCAAAAAAAAUUAUUGAAUUUGAAGUUAAUGGAAUUUACGAUAACCUACGUAAAUUGAGUUGGUUUUAUCACAAUCUACGAGCCAAAACUAUUUUUUAUACGUUGAGGCUCAAUGGAUCUAAAGAUAUGGGUGGACUUCCAUAUUGUUCCUUCAAUACAUUAAAAUUUGAGUUGCCACCUGGUUCUCUUCAAAGUUCCUACAUUGAGUUCUUCAGAUUACUUAGGAAAGACCCUAUGUUUGUUGCAGAACUACUACAUUAUUACAAGUUCAAUGCCCAAGUAGUCGAAAGUUUAUUUAGUUCAGUGUCUUCAGCUAUAUGUACAAACCCUGUAAAUCCUCCCAGUACCUUAGUUCAGCUUACAAUUGCUCAUUAUUUGCAGCAGUGCUUACAUAAUGUAAAGUGUGCAAUGUAUUCCAAGUCAGAGCUAAUGCUCUUGGUGCAUUUACUCAUUUUUGGUACUCCAGAUGUCCUCUCAUUCUUAAAUUCUGUCUUACAAAAUGUAUUCCACAGGUUUACAAACAGUAGCUCCAAUCUUUCAAUUAAUAUGCUUGAAUACGAUAAAAAUUCUGUUGGAUUUGCCAGCAAUGUUUCACAGGGUACUUUCACAGUUAUACUUCUCAAUAUCAUAAUUAGUAGCUUGUCUGAUAAUAUGCUACUAUUUCCCCAGUCGAUUCUUAUCUUGCUGGGUAAUAUGCGUCGUAUUUGGUCUACUGCCAACCUGUCACAUAAAGAAGUUCUGCAUGCAUGCGUGGAGUUUAUUUUCAAAGAUUUCAUUGGAUAUGCUUUUGAAAAGCCCGCAUUAUACAACAUCAACCUGAACCGCAUAUCGUCUCCUAGAUUUUUCACAUCUUUAAAGGAAACAAUCGAGGUUAUUUCUUCCAUAGUUAUCGAGGGUGAGAAUUACUCAUUAACUACCAGUGUAAUUAAUCAGAACGAUUCGGCAAUUAUCCAUAAUGAAUGUACAAAAAUAGAAUAUGACCAGCUUCAAGGAUUUGCUCAAUUUAUACUAGGUGCUGCUGAUUCUAUGGCCUUCCCAAAUAGUUUGUUUGAAAAAUACUCUGAAAAUUUGUUAGUUGGGAAAAAUGAGCUUCAGCAUCCUGGGUCAGAUGACUGUAUUUCAAAGGAUUCAUGUAAUUGUGAUGUCGUCUCAAUAACCCCUAAUGAUUUAAAUAUUUUAGUUGGGUGUAUUCGUAUAUUCUUAAAAACAAAGUCGAACUCCCACCCAUUCCUCAAAAUAAUUGAUCGCUUACCGCAUAAUGUUCCGGGUGCUACUGUGGAAGUAGAACUAUCUGUGGAUAAUGCUUCAUUUGGAGAGGCAUCAAGCUCAGAUACAAACGUUAUGUCUGUUGUUUUGGUCGAUAUAUCAGAAAAUAAUACUACUAAAACUCUAACUCGAGAAAUCAAAAGGUCGAACAGUAAUACACCAUCACCACAAAGGCGACGCAAUCGUUCAUUAAAUCGUUUGUUUAAUGGAAAACAGAACUUUUCUAGUCAUUCUCAAGACACUCAUAUUGACAGUGCUGGAGUUGAAAAUCCAAGUCUAUCACGGAAAAACGUUAAAUCCAAUGAUGAAAAUUCAGAAUUCGUCUAUUUAUUCAAUCUAUAUUCAUAUCAUUGCUCUCAUCAUCAAAAGAUGCCUUCUGAAAAUCAAAGCGGUCGGUCACGGAAAUUAAGAAUGGGUAAAAAUAAAAUUGAUCAUCCAUUGGACGAAUCUACAAGUCCGCAUUGCGAUGAUGCAAGUGUUACAAGUCAUGCUUGCUCAAAUGUAGUCAGAAAAGUUGUUACGAAGGACACCAGUCAAAGUGCCUGUUAUUUUGUUCCUAGUGGUGUAAGUACUGGGUGUGAUAAAUCAAGUCAUCCACGUUUUGACCAAUAUGAUUCUAUCAGCGAAAUUCAUGUCAUUGGAAAUGUCAAUACAGGAGAUGGACAAUGUAACUUAUGUGAAUCUCAUUGUUCCCCACUGGGUGAUGUUGCCACUAACUUAAGUAACGAAAAGCACUCGUCCAUCAGCUUUUCUCACAAUCACUUUUUGACUGGUCAGCGUUCCAGUGAUGAAGCUACCUCACAAAAUUCUGAUCCAAGUGGGUACACAAGUUUAGCUAGCAGUGCUUGUGCUCUUGGACAACGUUUAGAAACAUCAGCACCUGUAAAUGAAUCACUACAAAAUAAAAAUGUGAGUGACUUACAGUUAAAUCAAGGAACAUCCCAUCCUACUUCAGUCUCUGGUCCGUCAAUCAACUCAUCAUAUAUUUAUUCAUUUUCGCCACCAGCUUCCCCUAAACAUGGUUGCAGCAAUUCACGGAGUGAUGUCAACGAUCGCACAACACAAUAUGUGGCAUGUAGUUCACUGUCGCGUGGGGUCGAAAAACGUACUCGAUUUUCUAUUUCAGUUCUACCCAGUAGUACCUCAGUUCGAGGAUUUGAAAAUUCGAGUCUUAUACCUGACCAUGGAUUUAUGGUUCAAUCUAAAAUAUCAGAAACAAGGUGUGUUAAUGAAAGGUCCUCUGUUCAUCCUUCGGUUGUUAGAUGUAAUUCAAUCGAUCUAUCUCAGUCUAGUUUAAUCAACCAUUCGAAUUCAUUAACCGAAAGAGAAUACAAAUUUGAUGGACAUAAAUCGAACUUAGAUUUCGUUUCUUCCAUAUCUGUAUCGAAUAAAAUUUUACGUAGUGAUGAUAAACCUACAAUUCAACCUCGGUGUUCUUCACUUACUUCUUUAUGUGCAUCUGCCGGAAUCUCUUCGCUUCCAGCUCAUCGUGUACGUCGGCACUCUCGAAAACUUAUUACAAGUACUUCCAAUCAAGAUACUGAAGGUCAAGGUGAGUCCCAAGGUACUCCUAGCUUCUCAGCGGAUAGUGCAUCAAGUGACAGUGACAGUGAUAGCGGUUUAAUAGGAGCGGCAGUUUCUCAGCAUAGUACUGCUUCUUCUUCAUGUCAUCUAAAUUCAUCAUUCAUACAGUCAUACCAAAAUUCACAUGAUCAUAAUGAUGUUAGAGAAGUUGAUGAACAGUCUAGUUUAUUAACAUGUUCAUCAUGCGGAGUACGUUUAGGUGAAGAUGUUAUUCCGGAUCCCAUUCCUGAAAAUGCUGAAUCUCAAGAUGUUGAUAUUAAUAGUGAUCAAAUUGAAACACAAGUUGAUGAACAGUCUAGUUAUCCAAGGGAUGAAGAAGAUGCUCUUUCUGACCUACCUCUUUCAUCAGCAAAUAUAUCUGGUCGUGUGACACCGCUAUCUCUAACUAGUACAACGUCUCGUGGGGGCCAGUUGGCUCAACCAAUUAUUCAUGGUACGGAAAAUAAUUAUCGUGUAUCAGGGAUGUUUUCUCAAUCUGGCCUUAUCCUUCCUACUGGAACAACAUUGCCAUCGAACACAACUCAUUUAGGACUCACUAGAUGUGGCCCUAAUGAAUUUCCGUCAACAAUGUUUCAAAGACAUUGCACACCAGACGUUACCGAAAAGUUUAAUAAAUUUGACUUACCUCCGAAUCGAAUGACAGAGAAUGAAACCAGAUCUACUGUGAGUGAUACAUGGUCUACUGAUGUACUUCCAUCGGAUACAGAAUAUACUGAUCUUGGUCAAGAAUUUUCAAAUUCGCAAUCCAGUUUAAAUCCAGAUGCAGCUACCAGACGUCUUUCUAGUCACAGUGUGGCACGCGUCUCUCAUCGGCAUGGUCAUCGUCAUCAUCAUAGAAGGGCACCUAUGUCAGAGUCGUUGAUCGCUGAAUCUUCUGAGAAUAAUAACUUUCGAUCAAUAAAUGUUCCUUUGGAGUCGGAUAACAGGGAAAUCCAGUCCAGAGUUCACUCCAGCUCCCCAUUGAAUGAUGUAAUAAAUACAGAAGAAAACGAAAGUAAUUUGCAUGCCCUUAAUGAUUCUAUCCAGCCUAUAAUUAUGAGGAGUCUUCCGGCUACUUCUCAGUGUCAGGAUAGUCUUAACGGAUUAUCACAACCUAUCAAUUCUAAUCAGUCAAAUCAUUGUUCUGUAUCAUUGGAUUCUACAGUAAACUCUAAUCACCAUACUUCAUCUGUAAUGUCCACUAAAAUGGAUAACUCAUUUAACACUGGUGAAAAAGUCAAUGGUGAGCUUAGAUCAUCUACAGAUGAUGAACGGCGUAAUUUGAAUACAUAUCGUCUCCAUGGUGGUGCACAUACUUUAAAAGAGAGUUUUUCACGUCUAAUGGGAAAAUUAGAUCUUAUGGCUCGACGCCCACGGAUAUCAGGUAAUUCAAGUAUUGACAAACAUCGCCAUACAUCAACUUCUCAAUACAGCGAAUCCCAGUCUAAUCUUUAUUCAUUUCUUCCGGAUUUAAUGGAGUCAGUUUCUGUGAAAUCAAGAACUUAUUCAUCACGUGAUAAUCAACAACCUUUAAGUGCAUCAUCUUCCUUUUUGCCAAAUUCUAAUCAGUCGACGCAGCUAGCUGUUAAAUCACAAAAUUCAAGUCAAUUUGAAGAUGACAGUAUGAGAAAAGAAGAAACUGUCGAUGAAAUGAUGGAACGUUAUCGUAGACAAACAAAAGUUGUUUCACCAGACAAAUCAAUUUUUAAUCAUAUUUCUAAUUCUCAGUAUUCUCAUCAUGGCAAACAAAUUCCGAGUACUUCAAAUUCCAACAAAAUAGUCAACAACAAUACUGUUGUUAGUGUUGAAAAUAUAAAUAGUUCGGACAAAAAUUUCUCUUCUAUCGCUUCAUUGCAAUCAUCAUCUUCGUCUGCUUCGUCAUCAUCAUCAUAUUCAUUAUCUCCUGUUUGUUCACAAUCACGUAAAUCAAUUCCUCAUUUAUUCAAUUUAGCCUUAAAUGGUCUACAAGAGAUAUUCUCUAACUCAACAUUAAAUACUAUCGCUUUUAAUACUAUACAAAAACUUAAGUCAACAUGGCAAAUGACAUGUGAUAAUCAAUCGUUGCUUCAACAAUCACAAGAUAUAACUGGUGUAUUUAAUGAGAACCAAAUAUUUUUCUCCUUGUUAAAUUCAAUGCUAGCUGGAUUAUAUGGUACACAGCAAAAUUCAACAAUAAUUAACAUUCUAAUUGAAACAAGAAAUAUUUUAUUAGAAUUAAACAAUCUAUUAGGAAGUUGUUCAAAUUCUGAUUAUUCAACAAUGAAUGAUAAAUCUACAAAUAAUAAUAAUGAUAAUAAUAAUACAGAAACUAAUUUCAAUCAAAAUUAUUGGCUAUUCAACUUGAAUGAUAAAACAUUAUCAUGUUCAUUAACUAAAUGUUUAAUCUCUAGUCUUCGUCAAUAUCUUAGACAACAUCAAAUUUAUAGAAUUCAAUUGAAGAAAAAUUAUGAACAAUUAAAUAAACUUAAAACAAAUUUAGAAUUAACUGUAAAUUGGUUGCAACAAUCUAUACACCUUCAACAAGAAUAUAUUACAAAUAGAAAUUUGUUGGAAUUUAUUAAUCAACAUAGAAACUUAUUCAUAGAAUUUCAUCAAGAAUUCACUAGUGACGAAUUGUCCUGUGAUCCAAAAUUACGUGUUGAAAUUGUACAAAAACUUGUUACACAAUUAAUUAAUAAAAUGAAAACUAAAUGGCGUGAAUCUUAUCUGAAUGAUUGUUUCACUUCAACGCAUUUAUCACCAUUAUUACAUAGAUCUGAUGUACCUCAGUCAUCAAUGAAUAUUUUGGGGGAUAGUUCAAUUACAAAUGAUAAUAAUGUAGAAAGUGUAAUUAUACAGUUAGAAAGACUUGUUAUGGAUGAAAUUUAUCCGUUUGUAAUAUGGAUUAAUAAUCCCAGCGUAGAGAAGGAACGUGAUGAAUUGUUUCAUCGAGAGUUAACAUUUUUACAAAAUACAGUAACACCAACAGAAUUACGAAUAUCAAAUGCAUAUCAUAUUGUAUUACCAUUAAAAUCUGUACAAAAUGAACUACUAUUGUUAGAUUGUUAUCAUACAUCAUCUGAUAAACUUCGUUGUUUAAAACGUGUAAUAAAUCAUGUUUUAGCUGCUUUGCAACUAGCCAAUCCCACAUCAAUACCGUGUGCAGAUGAUCUUCUACCAGUGCUCAUUUAUUUAGUUAUACAUACAAAUCCUCCUCGACUACUGAGCAAUAUCGAAUUUAUAAACAAUUUUGCUGGUGAUAACCUAAAUGGUGAAUUACAAUAUAUCUGGUGUCAAUUUUGUUCUGCCGUUGCUGAGAUUCGACGUUUAAUGUCUAUCAGACCAAUAAAUAAUAAUUAUGAUGGUCAUAAUAUCUAAAAGUUAUAAUUUCUUUUUUGUUUAAAGAGUCCCUUUUAUUUCUUUCUUUCCACACACUCCUCAUAAUCAAUUUGUAGUUAAUCCUCAUUGGUCACUUUCAUAUGAUUCCAUUGUAAUAGUAGGAAGAUAGUGUAUUUUGUUUCUCAUUGUACAGCGUCAAAUUGUUUAUGGUUUCGAUUUCACUCACAGUUUUUCUUGUCAGGAUAAAUCAUACCAUCAAUAGAUAAAUGAUCGUGAUGAGCAUUGGAAACGUUUUGUUAGUUGGUGUUUUGUUUUUUUGUAGUCUUUCUACUGUGAUUAAUUUGAAGUGAUGUGAGAUAUUUUACACAUUAGUUUUUUCCACUGUAAUCGCGUUACGAUUAUAAUUUAGUAAUAUUACUUUGGCUGUUAAAUUGUAUUCUGAUUAAUCUUAAUUUUUUUUAUAAAGUUUGCAAUUACAUCAUUUGAAAGUGUAUCACUCUCGUUUAUAAACAAUAAACUACGUCUGUACAAUUAAAAAAUCAUAAUAGUACAUGAAUGCUAUUUUUCAUUGAAAGAUUUUUUUCUUAAUUUACAUUGUUUUGAUUGAUAAUUCAAGAAAAUAUCUCCGAAAAAACCCAGUGAAUAUAAAAUAGUUAAGUAUAAAAAAUGAGAUGUAUCCUUGUGCACAGUUAACAAAUAGAAUAAUUUAUGGAAACAAUAAUCAAUUAAAGUGAUAUUCUUGUAUGAGAAUAACAGACAAGUUGUAACGAUAUUUGUGAAUAAUGAAGGUUCACGAAAAUUAAGCAAACAUUUUGAAAAACUGCUUUAAGUUAGAAGGUAAAUGGCAAAAUAUUAUAAUAAUGAAGAAAAAUUAAAAUAAAUGCUGGAACUAUGAUGACAUGAUUCACUUGAAGUCAUGCCAACUAGAUUCCUGAGGUAAGUUGUCCCAGCUUUGUAAAUGGUUCAUAUCACCAACUAGCAUUAUAUGUUGUAUAAUCCUUCUUAUUGCAUACAUUUGUAUGGUUGUAUCGUAAAAUUUGUCUGUUGUAGAUGGUCAUUGACCAUGUUUACUAUUACUUUUUAACUCGUACGAGUCAUGGACGGUUGUAAAUAAAAGAAUGACGACAUACGUUCAGUAGGUCAUGAGAGUAAGACACAGCUUUUCCAAACUACCACUCUUCUGGAUGUCAGCAGGAGGACUUCAGGAAAAUUAAAUUAAGAUGUGACGUCGAACGUCUUGCUUUAGUGGACCACAUUAAUAUCUCUAAACGGAAACUAAUACGCCCAAAAUCGACAUCCGAAAAAUUGACAAAAUAUGGGUCAUAAUUACACGCAAAGCACUUAUUGCUACGAUGGGCGAUGUCCGGUAUGGGAGUAGGCUGGAAGAAACUAGGAGCGACGAAACCUGUUAUACUUCUUUCUUAUUACAACCCAGCUAUUCCUAUUGCCUAGUAUUCUUGGACACCAAUUCAC